AUGCGCAAGUCGCGCGCAGCCCAUGUCAAGUGCGACUGCGGUGAGAAGACGCAUAAGUGCGUGCACUUGAGACCGGUACUCGAUGGUCACAAGGAAAGCUGCUGCUGUGGCCAUGGCGGUCGCUGUACCUGCUCGCAUAAGCGGGAACCUACCCUGGACACGGUACCCGAGUCCGACUCGGACGAGCCCAUUCCAUCGCAGCCCAAGAUCACUAAGGCGAGCUCCCGCCCCAGACGGCGCGCUAACACGACCAACUCGGAUGCCUGCCUGUCCUUCGACGCCAACGGUAACCACAAGCCGACGUACAAGCACACCAAGGCUUCGCAGAAAUGCGGACCGUAUCAGCUGAGCCGCGGUAACUCCGUGACGAGCGCGAGCAGCAUGGGCAGCAUGAGAAACCGAUCAAUGGACGAUCUUUUUGGGACCAGCGUCAAUGGCGAUUCCAGCUCUGCGACCGGGAGCACCAGCACGGAUGGCAUCGCUCAGGCGCAACGCCGUGUCAAGUCGGAAGCUCCCUCGCCCCUCUUAGAAGGUUCCUCUUCUUUUGCCCAGCUCAACGGACAACUCCCGCCCUUGGACCUCUCGGGCAUCAAGUACCCCCCGUACAUCCCGAACAGCGCCGACUUCUUCGGCGCCCUGUCGGAUUAUGAACAGCCUAUGUUCAGCGCCGGGCUGAGCGCGGCUUCGGUCGAUUGGAGCAACUUCGAAGGCCUGGAACUCGCCGCCAAGACGGCCGAUUUUGCGCCCUCAAACUACAGCCAACCGCAAAGCUACGGUGGCUUCGAUUUUGCCGGGUCGGAGCAUAUCCCGACGAUGACUACGACCACCUCGACGUCAGGCGAAGUUUCCGAAGUCGAGGACUUUUUAGCGAAUUCUCUCGAUGAGUUCGACACGUAUCAGAGUAGCGCUUCCCUCAACGGGUACGGCUUUGGCCACGUCAGUCUGCUUGGAAACACGGACCUCCCGAAUUUGGACCUGGAUGAAUUCCACUACCUAAAGAAGGACGCCAACAAAUUCUUGCCGACGCCCGCCACCAUGCCCGGCGACGACCCGACACUUCUCACCACCAGCGCGCCCGCGUUCGGCGGCCUCACCUCGCUGGAUGACGACCCGAACUACUGGGUGAACGACUACACGGUGCCGCCCCUGACCGAAUCCCCCACGGAAAGCAACAUGGUAUCAUUUUGGGAGGGGCAAUAA